GCGCACAAACUCUGCGCAAUAAUACGCGUUUACACUUUGAACACAAUGGUGGUCUACAGCUGAUCAAACUUAUCUGUUGUUAUGUAUACGUAAAGUGAAUCUUUAAUCGAAAUGAAAACGUGUUUAUUUGGAUAUCUUUAUCAAUGCAAUCUGACUGAGUGAUAUGCAUAAAAGGAAAAAAUGGCAGAUUCUACAACAGAAAUAUUCAAUGGAAUCAUUCAAGGAUUUCGGGAUAGUAUUUUAGGCAUAUUGAAAGUUUUUAGAUAUGAUACAAGUGAUGACAACAGUGAUAGUGAUAAAAAGAAAAUUGAACCACAAACGACUUUGGCCCGUCGGAGAGCUGAAAAACAGAAACAGAAGGGAGGGUCUGAAGUCAAGGAAAAUAAAAAGGAUCCCACUGUUAAACAAAGACUUUUUCAAUGUUCCCUGUGGAAUGGAGGUGUAUUUCUGAUGAGCAUAUUAUUAUUUCACUGGGCCUUGUUACCAUGUUUGCUGUUGUUUACAGAGCUCAUAUUUGCUGGAUCAGAGAACCAGCAUGUGACCUGGCUGUGGAUCACUUCUCUGCUGUCCUGGAUAUUUGGAGCUCUCUGGAUUUUGCCACUAUUUGUCAUCAGUAAAAUUGUUAACUGCAUGUGGUUUCAGGAUAUUGCUGAUGCUGCAUACCUUAAGUCCAGAGGGCGUCCAACUCCUAUAAAUCUGAGUGUAUUGGUGGCAGACCUUCUGUUCAGUUUGCUGCUUCAGGCAUUCUUCUUAAUACAGAGUACUUUGGCCACAUUUCUUCCCAUCCCUGCUAUUGGCUACAUGGUGGGCUUUAUCCACAUGUCCCUCCUCUACUCUCUGUAUGCUUUUGAGUACAAGUGGUUUAAUAUGGGUUGGGAGGUUCAUAAGCGUCUGGCGUAUAUCGAGUCCUACUGGCCGUAUUUCUUUGGAUUUGGCGUCCCUCUGGCCUUUCUGACGUCCAUGUCAUCCUCUGUAAUAAUCAGUGGGUGCAUAUUCUCCAUACUAUUUCCUUUAUUCAUACUGAGUGCCAAUGAUGCAAAUGAAAGUUCACAAGUAUGUCAUUCACCCUUGAAAAUCUUUGCUCCAGUUGUGAUGAUGACAAAUAUUCUUUUCCGACAGUCGGUGAAAUCCAAAAGUGUACCUACUAGUCAGCACUCAUCUCCCAGGAAACAGACACGCAUCACAGAACCAACAUCAUUUAGAUGACAAAGUUAAUCAUGUUUAUCUCCUGUGAAUUAACAGUGUUGUAUAUAUCAAUUUAGACAGUGUGUAGUGUGGAAUGCAGUGUGUCAAGAACAAAACAGUCAUUGUUUUCCCUUUGCAACCCACCAUUUUGAGUUGUGUGGUCUUUGCAAAAAAUCACAAGCCCAGUGAGCUUGGUUACUAGAUUUCUUGUUGGUCUAGUGAAAUUACUCUACAAAAUUAUAGUCAAAUACUGUUUAUGGGCAAGCGCUUUAAAAUGAUUGUCCCAAAGUCUGCAGCCAUGUUUAUGUAGGAAAAAAAAAAUUUCAGUUUUUGGCCAAAAUUAUUUAUGAAAUGUUUUUAGUGACAUUGAAUGAGCAAAUCAAUCUUUAUAAGUUUUGACCUGGCCGAUCUACCUUAUCAUGAAGCCAUAUUAUUUCAAUGAACAAUUCAGGGGAAAUUUUCAUCAGAGAAGUAACAAGAAAUGUUUUCUUAGGCAUGACAUUUUUCCUUGGUUUAAAUGAAGAGAGAGGAAACAAAGUUUUAUUUAGGCUAUAUAUAUACAUGUAUAUCAAUAUCUUGUGGACCUACUUGUUAAUUAAUGUGAAUGGUGGCUUUUGACUGCAAUGCAUAUAAUUAGCAGACUGUAUGUCACCUUACUGAACAAUGUAUGUAAGAAUGUGUUUUAUAACUGUACAGUGUAGUAUAAAAGAAUUUUUAAUAAUGCAAAUAUGCAAUGAAGUAUGCAAGAAUGAAUUUGUGUGCAUAAUUUAUAAAUGAUUGGGCAGUAUUGCAUUACAUGACAGUUUGUGAAAUAUCAAUUACCGGUACUAUAUAUAAACUUCAUCUGUCAGAAUGA